UCGUCGCAUAAAUGAGUGUAAACGGCACCUGAAUACGUUGGAAAAGGAAGUGCACUGCCUUUACGGAUAACAUUUCUCUUUACCAGAUACGUAUGUGACUAGUUUUGGCGCCGACCUUAUUGAAUAUGAGCGAUUGAGAACAUCAACUCUUUUCUUGAAAGCGGCGGUGGCGGGUUUUUCCUCAGCUGGUUUGCUAGCAGGAGCGCCUGACCGGACUCUCGCUAUGAAACAGCAGUACUACGAAAUCCGCCUCGUAUUAUUUGCCUUUCAAACGCGUUAUAACGGGAAGUGAAAUUAUGAAGACCUUAUUUAGUGACUUAAUUUAACCGUAACCGUGCACCCGCUUUAAUUUAACUGUAAAAGCCACAGUGUUUUAUUCUAGCGGCUAAUUGCACGCGCUGUAUAAUAAUAUAACCGAUAAAUGUCUCCAUGACAACGUGUGUGUUGUAGUAUUGAGAACAUCGACCGCAAACUACCGUUUCACAUCUAUAGCAUGUUUACUCGAUGCUGAAGGAGAUGUUUAUCCAGCACAGCCUGCUGACAGACAUUAGGUAGCUCACAACUGGAUGGCGACGCAUCGAGGUCCAGUAUGAAACACGAUACAUCUGCGCUUCAGUAACCGCGACUGGAGGCUCAUUGGAGAGCCUUCAUUAUGUACCAUAGCUGUGUCAUCGUCCUGUCGAUCAUCUCCACCUCUCGAAACUGAUCUUUUCUGGGUUUUGUGUAAACACUCGUGAACCACAAAGUGUGGCGCAAUGGCGGGUGUUGGGGUCAGCGUGCUGUCGCGGGGUCAGCUGCCGUCUGCAUCCUCUAACUCCUCGCCCACUGAUCCUGGUAACCGGGGCUGCUCAUAUGAGGACUUCGUGGACUCCUUUGGCAUCUUCCUGCAAGGCCUGCUGGGAGUGGUGGCCUUCAGCACCCUUAUGUUGAAACGCUUCAGGGAGCCCAAGCACGAACGGAGGCCAUGGAGAAUCUGGUUUCUGGACACCUCCAAACAGGCCAUAGGGAUGCUGUUCAUUCACUUUGCAAAUGUCUACCUGUCUGCCCUCACAGAGGAGGACCCAUGUUCACUAUACCUGAUCAACUUCCUUUUGGAUGCGACGCUGGGCAUGCUGGUGAUCUACGGCGGCGUGAAGGCCAUUAGUGCUGUAGUUGAAUGGAGACAGUGGGAUUCGCUGCGUUUUGGAGAGUAUGGUGAGCCGGUUCAGUGCAGUGCCUGGGUGGGUCAGUGUGCUCUCUACAUUGUCAUCAUGAUGUUUGAGAAGGUCAUGAUCAUGUUAGUCCUCCUCCUCCCACAGUGGAAGAAGCUGGCUACACUCAACCCCAUUACAAACCCUCAUCUGGAGCUAGCUAUCGUCAUGGUAAUCGUCCCAUUUUUUGUGAAUGCUUUGAUGUUCUGGGUGGUAGAUAACUUCCUAAUGAAGAAGGGCAGAACAAAAGCCAAAUUGGAGGAGAGGGAAGCAGAAGAUGAUCCUCGUGGCAGUAGCAAAGUACGCUAUAGACGAGCACUGUCACAUGAUGACUCUGAAUCAGAAAUUCUGUUCUCUGCAGAUGAUGAAAUGGAAGAUUCAGAUGGUGACGACGAUGUACGAAGACUCACAGGGCUCAAGCCUGUUAAGAAAAAGAAGCAUCGUCUUGGUAUUCCAGUGUGAAUUCAAAUCAAUUUAGACUUGUGGUCUCUCUCAUUCUCAUGACCCCAGCUCAUUUACCUGAACAUGGAGCAGAAAGUGAGGGGCAUGAAGACUAACUCAACCUAUGAUUUGUGGGGGACCCAUGCUCCAGUAGACAUAAGAUAAGCCUCUGGACAUCAUUAGAAUGACUUUUGCUACCCUGUGUCAAAGGGUAGAAAAUAAUAUUGUCCGUCAAUUUUUUUUUUUUUUUUUUUGUGCACAUUCAUAAUUCUGCUUUGUCAUGAUUCUCCAAUGGAUAUACAGCACAUUACAUCUCCUUGCAUCUGUCCAGCCUUUAAACUUAAAGCAAAUCAAAUAACAUACUGGUGUUGUUCCUCUGAAACAAGUACCUUUUAACCAUAUGCAUGAGAUUGAUCGCACUGACAAGACGAACGUUCAGGGUCACUCGAAGUUGGUUCCAUCGUGCGUUUGUGUAGCUGCUGCAGAAAGUUUUGUGCUCGUCAGCUAUGAGGAAAUUGUGCUGAUAAAUGUUACAGAAUAACACUGGUCAGCAGUGUUAUGGGAUGGCAUUACAAUACAGUUGGUACUGUCUGCUUGCAAUGUGUAUUUUUAACCAUUUGGCACAGACGUUCUGAGAAGGUAUGUAAACCCAUGAAUGGCUGUUUCAGACACUGAUUGUGAUGGCUUGUCUAACUGUUUGGCUUUUCAGAGUAUAUCUGCCUCAAUUCAGUGUCGCUGUAUUCUAACAUUAUUUUCCCUGUAUUUAUUUGUCGUUUUUGUUGUUCGUGUGGCCUCUUAAAAAGGACAGUUCACCCAAAAAAUUUUAAUUUAAUCAGUAACUCGCCGUCAUCUUGUUCCGAAUCUGUAUGACUUUAAUUCUUCUGUAGAACAUUAAGAACAAUGAGGUCCAAAAAAUAAAAUCACUGGACCCCACUGACUUACUUUUUAUGGGAGGCCGAAGUGUGACAGAAGAACAAAAGGCAAAAGUUUUUGAAAAACCUGAUUUAGAGUACACACACUUCAUUUUUGGGUGAACCGUCUUUAAACUUUUCCGUUUCCGUUUUGUUAUUCAUUGCAGGAUUAGAUGCUGUGGUACGAAUGCUUCUGUAACUUCUUGCACAGUUUGGUGUUAUGUUGUGGUAUCUUUUUAUGCUGUAUUACCUUCAUGUUUUGUAUGUUUAUAAGCAUUCCCUGUUGCCUCUAUAUACUCAGACACUGUCAAACUCUAAACACUAAACCAGCAGGCCUUUCUUCAACGCUUUCUCAUCUACCCUCCACACUUUUCUGCUCUAUUGAAUAUUUGAUUUUAUUCCAACACUAAAGCACAGAUCCUUGGAGAAUAAUUCAUUCUCUGCAAAAAUUCUCUUUCAGAUUAGUCAAUCUGAAGAUGGAUAUAAUGUAAAGAGGAAGGUGCCUGUAGGUUUAGAGUUGGAGUGAAUGUAAUUGGGAGUACAGGACCAGUUGUUAUCACUUGUAUUGUCAAACUGAUAUUUAAUGGACCAAGUUUGUGGGAGUACUGUUUGCACAUGGUAUGUGUUUGUGUUUUACAGGGAUGAACUGAAACCAGGCCUUCUGGUCAGGCCUGCUGAAUGAACAAGGUUACUGAUAAGGAUUUCGUCUAGGUGGAAAUAUAACUGCCUUUCCCUCUCCGGGUUUGAUCCUGACUAUUAUUACAGAGCAAUCUUGGUGACAGUGGGAGAAUGAAACAAAUUGGAUGUGGAGAGGGGUGUUAAGUACUAAACAAUAUUAGAUAAUUACUGACGAUUUAUGAACUUACGUAUGCUUUUUUCAAUAAACAGUGCAAAAAUUA